UGCCAAGUUGCUGAGUUCUCAGCUGAGCACCCCGCAUUCCUUUUGCCUUUCCUCUUCCCAGUCUCCAUAUGUUGAAAGGAAAAGUUGUGUCCCCACUGUGCCCCACAGAGGAUGGGAGGCAGGCUUUGGGAGGGGACACCUGGAGGCAGACUCCUCUCCGUGGGGACGGCCCCCCGCAGGUUGCUGGGGACAUCUUUUCACCAAGACAUUGCUGCAUUAAUCCUUCUAAGCUCUGACACUCUCUCACACUGCCAGACACAGGCAGAGUGAGAAUAGGAAGGGGGAGGGCAGGGAAAAAAUUAAAGAGGGAGGAAUGAGUCACCAGUCCAGACAAAUUGCCUCCAAGACACUAAAAUUAAGCUGAAGAGAGGGAUCCCAGCGGUACCAUGGAUCUGGCAGCUGUGAGCACCUGCUUUUCUGAUGCAUUGCAGGGACUUCAGAGGAAGUGUUACAGGGUGGCUGCUACUGCCACUUCUUGCAGGAGAGGGGACAGCUCAGGGUGUGAUGAUUGGCAUUGCAAAAUCCUGCAGUCCUAGGAGGGCACAGAGAAGCUAUGGAGUUGAGCCAGAUUACUGCUCCUGUAUGUAGUAACACUUCUGAGCUUCAAAGGCUGCUUCCUGCACUGAGGUGGUGCAUUGGUAAUGCCAGGUGCAACCAGACACAGUGAAGCUCCUGAGGUACCCUGCUGCCAGAGAGACUCCUGCAGUUCCAAGUCACGGUUAGAUCUGAUUGAGGCAGUUAAUUCAAUGAUGUGACACAUUUCCUACUGAUAAAGUUCAGAGCAACCCCUGGCAGGCACCCCGUGGCAGGGAGUUCCACAAAUAUCUGCACUGCCCAUGGGCUGCUGGAUGAAUUGCCCAGGCCCCACCCAAAGGUAACACAAAUUAUGUCAGUGUAAGUCCAGAAGAGUAAACAUGAAGCCUCUGGUAUGGGCAUAUACCUGUGAAAGGGCAAGGGACACAAAGUACUUGAAAAUGGUAUCUAACCUCCUUUAAGCAUCCUAAGCAUGACUUAAGGCAAUACAUUCCAGUGGUUUAUUACUUCUCUCCAGUUUUCAAGCCUUGGCUCUUGCAUUUUCAGUCUGCCCCAUCCCCUAUAACAUACAGCAAUGCAUGUGAUGUGUGUGAAACAAAAUUCAUGGCUCUGCCUACCUGUGGAGGGGCACAGGCUGAGCUCUCUUCCCAACACAAUUUAAGCAGUUUGCACAGCCCCCCACUGCAGCUGAGGCAGAGAAUGGGACACGACUCAGAGGAUUGAGGGAGUGAUCUGAAGACCUGGAAUUUGUGAUGCUAUGACUGUGCUUAUGCAAGGUUAGCAGGACUGUAGAACUCUGCUGUUUCAUGGAUAUUUCUUCUAACAAAGGAGCUUGGGGGCUUCUGCAUGGUGCUACAGACACCUUCCGAGCCAUGGUAAAGAAAACCUCUGGGUGUUACCCAUGCCAUUCCUUUCCCAGAAGUGAGGAUUCCUCUCUCUUCUGUGUCUCCAGACAGCAUUGUGACCAAGUUCUGGCCUAAAGAGGCCUGGCAGCUUUGAAGUCCUGUACUGCCUUCAUCAGCUCACCUUUGAGCUGCAUAUAAAAUUGCCGAAGUAGGUUUGGAUGCCAGACCCUGGCUAUGUUGUGCUUGGAGAGAUACUGCUUUCUUUUGUUAAAGCUGGAAUUUACCCUAGGGGCUCAAAUGCUCAGAGCAGCAGUGCCAAAUAUCAAGAACUGGGUGAUGCACAGCACAAGGAGUCACUGAUGUUGGCUGCAGGGCAGGAAAGGGGGUGAGAAUGACAGGGAAGCCCUUUGUGGAAGGGAAUGGGAUGGGAAAUCCUUCAUGGAACAGCUGCUCUCACAAAGAUUAUUUUCUUUCUUAGAUCCAUUUCUUCUGGGUCUAUGCCUUCCAGCAGAGAUUAAAUUUGGUAGGAAAGUUUGGGGCUGUUAAACUGGAACAUUUUCCAAUGAAGGUGGAAAAGACAAGAGGUCAUGUAUGGAGCCAGGAAAAGGGAAAGAGUUGAAAGAAACAGUCCCCUAUCUGCCCAUCUGCCCUCAUCUCCAUCCAUCUGGAGGUGCUGACAGGGCAGAAGAGAAGGGAGAAGGGUUUGUGUGCUCAUCAUCCUCCCCGAUUUCUGAGCACCCUGCCAGACAGAAGGUUUUGCUGUGUGCCUGCAGCUCCGAACAGCGCCAGUCCUGCCUGCGAGACCUUGGGAGCAGGGGCCCGUCUCCUGGGUGCCCCUAGGAGAGCCGAGCCGAGUCGCCCCUCCUGCAUGCCACUCUCCCACCACAUAGCUGCCCUCUGCAUCCCUCUUUCCUUCCUCUCCCUCUUCCCCCCACUGUCCUCAGCUUCUUUUACCGCACUCCUCAUUCCUUCAUCCUCCCCUCUUCUGCGCUCCCCUCAUCCCUCUGCCUAUCUCCUUACGUCUCCCUCUCCCGCUUUUAUUCUCCAUCCCGGUAUCUCCCCCGCUCAUCUUUGUUCUCCUGCCCUGCCGUCCAUCCCCUGCUUCUCCUCCUUCUCCUGCCGGUGUUUCCGUGCGUGGCGCCCAUUGGCUACCGGCUCCCGUCCCCCGGUACCGGCGCUGCGCUCCCCCUGCCCGAGCCCCGCGGAUGGAGGGCGCUGCGCGGGGCACAGACGCGGGUACGUGGGGCUGAGAGGCCGCGCUUCCCGCAUCCACCGCCCGCCCCCGCGCCCCUUCCCGCGCCAGGCACGGCGGGGACGAUGGGCAAGUCCGGCCAGAAGGAUUCGCGCCUCCGGCUGCGCCCGGCGGGGCUCACCCCCUCAGGGAGUUCUUUGCUCUGUCUCGUUUAAGAAAGGGGAAGGGAAAAAGCAUGACACGGAUUCUCCCGGUGAAGCGGAGGAAAAUGUACAUCCCGACGACAUCUCCAGAUUGCUAACUGAUCCUGCAAGGACACUUCCCCCUGCCCUCUUCCCUGCCUCUGCUAUGGACACUUCUGCUUUUAGCCUCCCCACACCGGCAGUGUUGGAGGAGGGGAAUGCCUCCAGUAGCUGGGCAGUCUUCACUAUCCCCAACAGCUCCUCCACUGUCAGCCCUGGUGUUGUUGUCAGCGGUGUCCUCAUCCCCGUGGUCUACCUCAUUGUCUGUGUGGUGGGGUUGGCUGGGAAUUCUCUGGUCAUUUAUGUGGUCCUACGGCACUCAGUGAGCGAGUCGGUGACCAACGUGUACAUCUUGAACCUGGCCCUGGCUGAUGAGCUCUUCAUGCUGGGCCUGCCCUUCCUGGCUGCACAAAAUGCCUUGUCCUACUGGCCAUUUGGGUCUUUCAUGUGCCGCCUGGUGAUGGCCGUGGAUGCCAUCAACCAGUUCACCAGCAUCUUCUGCCUGACGGUGAUGAGCGUUGACCGCUACCUGGCUGUGGUCCACCCCGGCAAGUCCUCCAAAUGGAGGACAGCACGGGUGGCCAAGGCUGUGAGUGUAACCGUGUGGGUGCUGUCUUCCAUAGUGGUGCUGCCUGUGGUUGUCUUCUCAGAUGUCCCUCUAGGGAUGAGUACAUGCCACAUCCAGUGGCCAGAGCCUGCCUCGGUGUGGAGAGCUGGCUUCAUCGUCUACACUGCCACCCUGGGCUUCUUUGGACCGCUGCUGGUGAUUUGUCUCUGUUAUCUCCUGAUUGUUGUGAAGGUUCGCUCCUCUGGCAGGCGGGUGAGGGCUCUGUCCUCCAAGCACAAGCUUUCAGAGCGCAGAGUGACCCGCAUGGUGGUGACUGUGGUGGCUGUCUUCAUCCUUUGCUGGCUUCCCUUCUACGUCCUCAACAUAAUCAAUGUUGUCUGCCCGCUGCCAGAGGAGCCAUCCCUCUUUGGAGUCUAUUUCCUUGUGGUGGUGCUGCCGUAUGCCAACAGCUGCGCCAAUCCCAUCAUCUAUGGCUUCCUCUCCUACCGCUUCAAGCAGGGUUUCCGCAGGGCCAUCUUCAGGCCAUCCCGCCGAGUCCAGAGCCAGGAGGUGCCAGCAUGCUCCCCAGAGAAGAUUGAUGACGAAAGGGAAGAGGGUGAGAUCAGCAAGAUCACCAGGAAUGGAAACGACAGGCAGGAGCACCCUUUAAGCAGUGGAGAAGGAAAAAGCAAUGAGCAAAAACCGCUCCCUGAGGAGCCUGCGGGAUGUGAAAAGAGCAGCAAGUUGCGUGUCAGUUAUUUAUGAUGAAAGGGGUGGUGCAGGGGAAAGAGACAUCGGGACAGGGGACCCCCUUCACCUUCUCUGCUUUCAAAGGCAAUGGGAGAUGACACGAGGGAAUAAUGAAGUCAAAGAGUAGGCUUAAAGACGAAUAGGGCUCCAUGAUCUCGUGGAAGAAGCAAGGCAUUGUUCUUGGCCUUGGAAGAGGCGCCUGAGGUUUGUGCGGUACCAGUGUUACCAGAAAUUGGUAAAAAGUAAAACCUCCUUAACACUAAUGUAGCCUUAAGAAGCAGGCAUUCUUUAUUUGGCUGGAUGCAUGAGGGGAUAUCUCCUUCAAAAUAUCAUGCAUGCUGAGUACAGAAAAAGCUUCCAUUUAAGUACUAUAUUUUACAUACAUGCUCAUUGAUUUUCCCAGUAUAAACAUACAUAUGAUAUUAAUUUCCCCAAAACCAUUAAUGUAUUUUCCCUCUCCUUUACACAUGUGUUCUUCUGUCCUGGGAGUCUCUUGGUGGUCCCUUGUGGUUGGUGACCCCAAAGUCAUACCUGACUGCCUGGUGACAUGGUAAAAGUUGGCACAAGUGGGCUGGUUGCUUUUAAGUUCUUCCUACAGAAUAAAAAUUGUGCAGUUCCAUA